GUGGAGACCGCGGACGCCGUGUUCAUCCACAUGAAGAGCAUUCCGAGCCGAGAGAAGCUCCUCCGCGACCUGCGUCCCCGCGACCCGUCUCAGCCCUGGAUCAUGUUCGAGGCCGAGACCCACUUCAUCGCCUCCACCAAGUACAAAGUGAACUACCGGACCCUGAACGGCGUCUUCAACCGCACCAUGUACUACCGCCGUGACGCAGACAUCCUGUUCAACCACGGCUUCAUCGUGGGGCGAGGCGACGACGCCAGCCUCCUGCCGAGGCACUGGGUCCGGGAGCCCCUGGUGCACAGGGCGAACGUGACGGGGCGAAUCGCAGUGGCCUUCAUCUCCAACUGCAGAGCGCGCAGCAAUCGCCUUCUCUACAUCAACGAGCUGCAGAAGUACACCACCGUCGACGUGUACGGCAGGUGCGGGAGGCUGAAGUGCGGGAAAUCGCGCUAUGCCGAGCACGAGUAUCGGGUGGACCAGGAUCCCUGUUUGCGAGCCGCGGCGGACAAGUACCUGUUCUACCUGGCCUUCGAGAACGCCAUUUGCGACGACUACGCCACGGAGAAGCUGUACAACCUGAUGUUCUACCCGCUGGUGCCCGUGGUGUUCGGAGGGGCCAACUACGACGACCUUCUUCCCCCCAACUCGUACAUCGACGCCAGGCAGUACGCGCCUUCGGAACUGGCCGAGAAAUUGCAGCAUUUGGCGGAGCACCCACAGGAAUACCAGACUUACCUAGAGUGGAGGAAGUACUACCAGCCUUCCACUGUGGGAGGCAGCCGUGUCCUCUGCGACCUGUGCACACGACUCUACGACCAAGCCUUCUACGAGGAGAACACAAUUGGAGAUUUUUACGACUGGUUUGUGACGAAAUCUCACUGCACGCCCUGGGUCGCUGCGAACGGCACGGGCCAACGGGUUGCCUAGAAGGGGACGGCGGGGUUCAUAGGCAGGCAUUA